AUGAAGUUAUGGGAUGUUGUGGCUGUCUGCGUGGUGCUGCUCAGCACGGUCUCCACAUCCCCGCUGCCCGCCGGUAAGACGCCUCCCGAGGGGCCCCCUUCAGUGGUAGAGGGGCCUGAAGACGAUCACUCCCCCAUCAGCCUGCCGCCUCCCUAUGCUGUGCAAAGUGACUCUAACAUGCCAGAGGAUUAUCCAGAUCAGUUUGACAAUGUAGUGGACUUCAUUCAAGCCACUAUAAAAAGACUCAGAAGGUCACCAGAUAAACAAACUCCAAUUUUUUCUAAGCGGGAGAGAAGUCGGCAAAAUGCAGCUGUUAAUACAGAGAAUUCCAGUAAAAAGGGACGGCGAGGUCAAAAGGGCAAAAAUCGAGGUUGUGUCUUAACAGAAAUACAUUUAAAUGUGACUGACUUGGAUUUGGGAUAUGAAACCAAAGAAGAGCUGAUUUUCCGGUACUGCAGUGGAUCUUGUGAUGCAGCCGAGACCACAUAUGACAAAAUUUUAAAAAAUUUAACCAGAAAGAAAAAGCUGGUCAAUGAUAAAGUGAGGCAAGCUUGCUGCAGACCCAUUGCCUAUGAUGAUGACCUUUCAUUUUUGGACGAUAACUUGGUUUACCAUAUAUUGAAAAAACAUUCCGCUAAAAGAUGUGGAUGUGUCUGA